AUGCAAAACUACUUGGAAGAGGAAUAUAUAGCGAACUUUACGGCUGGAUUCGAAGAAAGGAAAUCUAAAGACGAAGUGGAAAACUCUCGUGGACAUAGAUUUAUACAUUUAUGCUGUGACAACGGACUUGUAAUAGCGAAUGGAAUGACAAAAGGUGAUGAGGAAGGAGAAAUUACAUUCUGUAGUGGAGUUGGAAUGUCAGUAAAUGAUAUCUGUGCAGUCUCCCUAGAAAUACUUGAAUUUAUCGAUAAGUUUGAAGUCGGAAACACACACUGGUCUGACCAUUUUCCUAUAGUCUUAACGUUAAGAUUGACAGAUAUAGAAACGGUAAGAAAAAAUACAAAUUUACUUCCAAAAUUGAAAUGGAAUAAACAGCAAGUAACAGCAUAUAAACAGCGAAUAAGUGAAACCUUAUUAAAUGUAAAACAGAAUAAAGAUCUGCUAACUCUGACGGAUAUAACUUAUGUAAUUAAAUCGGCCCAUAAAGAAACACAAAUUAGGGAACACUCCUUCGAGAAAAAACAAAAUUGGUUUAACUGGAGAUGUCAUAAAGCGAGACAGGAAACAUUCAAAAGCCUAGAAAAAUUUAGACAAGUAAGUAGCAGCCAGAACAAAGAGAUUUACUUAAAAGAUAAUAAGCACUAUAAAGUUAUAUGUGCAGAAGCCAAACAGAGAUACUACCAACAAUUGGAUGCUAAGAUACAAAAUGUAAAGACAAACAAAGACUGGUGGAACAUUGCGAGAGAAAUAAAUGGAAAUACAAGUUCAACGAUUACAAUGGAGGCAGAAAUGCUGAAAUUAUACUUUAGUAAUGUACUAAACCCGUCACAGACAUCAUUAGAUAUACAAUAUGCUCACGGUUAUAUGGAAGUUUAUGAUCUAGACAAAACUAUAACACUAAGAGAAGUGAAAGAGUUUAUUGAGCGAACAAAAAAUUACAAAGCUCCGGGAGAAGACAGAAUACCAUACGAAUUCAUUAAAUAUGCACCUGAUGACCUCCUAUCAGAGAUAACAAUAACUUGUAAUGACAUGUUUAACAGCGGUAUAGUUGAUGAAUCGUUUGUGAAAAGCAUAAUAUACCCCAUACAUAAGAAAGGUGAUGUAGGAUUACCGUGCAACUAUCGCGGAGUAUCGUUUAUGAAUUGUAUUGCAAAAAUUAUGAUGGGUGUAGUAACAGACAGGCUAACAAAUUGGACCGAAAAUUUUAAAGCAGCCUUCGAUAAGGUCUCUCGAAAGGCGUUAAUUUAUAAGCUUCACGCAGCUGGAGUCUCAACUAAAAUGGUCCAUUUUAUUGAAAAUGUGUACUCGAACACUAAAUGUGCAGUAUGGACUGGAAAAGAUCUAUCGAAUGAAUUCUCAGCUGUAAGCGGAGUGAAACAAGGUUGUAUAUUAUCACCGCACUUGUUUGUUCUUUAUCUCAAUGACUUACAUGAUUUUUUGGGAGGAAGCAUACAGAUAGAAGAACUAAACAUUCGAACUUUAAUGUAUGCCGACGACAUUGUGAUACUGGCUGACGAUAUAACGACGCUGCAAAAAAUGAUUUAUAAGUUGGAAUCAUACUGCCAUAGUUGGAAUUUAGAAAUCAAUCUAAGUAAGUCCGCAAUUAUGGUUUUUCGAAAAGGAGGUAGAUUGGCAAAUAAAGAAAAAUGGUAUCUCGGUGGUGAAGAAAUAAGAAUAGUGAAUGAAUACUGCUAUCUAGGCGUGACAUUGACUCCAACAAUGAACUUUAGGAAGCAUGUAGAGAGGAGAACUAUUGCAGCUAAAAAUAGUAUAAAUCUUACGUGGAACAACUUUCUUAGUAGGAACGGCAUACCUAUAAAAGCAAAAUGGAAUCUAUUUCUAGCAAUAAGUAGAGCAAUACAAUCAUAUGGUGCUCAAGUAUGGGGCUGUACUCUGUUCGAAGAGGUGGUUAAACUACAAUUAUACUUCUUAAAGAAAAUAUUGAGAAUGCCACAAUUUACGCCAACAUAUAUUUUAAUAACCAUGUAUAUAUAUGGUACCGAAAGAUUACCCAAUCAAUUGACCAAAAAAUUGUUAAAUCUUAACCUUUCUUGGGUGCAGGUUCUAAAUGAGCUGGGAAAUAUUUGCGGCAUAAAUUGGAAUCAACAAACAGCAUCGCGAAAUCUUUGGAAGGCAAAUAAUGAACUGCUGUUGACAUUUCUGAAAGCUGAUUUGAGGGAAAAAUAUAUAAGUAAAUCCCAACAAACUAACCGAAUAUAUAAAGACUUAACACCAUCACUAGGAAAGGAAUAUAUAGCUGACAUAACACAUAUUAAAAAUAUCACCUGGAUACUCAAAGCAAGAAGUAGCAUGAUAGAGCUAAAUGGAAACAGAUUUGAUAUAUAUACGAGUAGAUCUGCGCUCUGUAGUAUGUGUAAUUUAGAUGAGACUGAAGAUAUUGUGCAUUUUCUUGGUCGUUGUCCUAUUCUACAAGAGUUCCGAUUGGCUUGCUUUGCCGACAAAGUACGAGUUGGAGAACAUACACGACGAUUUAACGCUCCAAGUAUAAAUGAAGUCGCUGUUGUAAUAGUUGGCGAACAGUUUGAAAAACGAGACAUUAAAAUUAUUCGUGAAGAUAAAACAUGGCAAACAAUUGAAGAUACUCAUCGUUCAUAUGAUGCAUUGCAAUAUCCCCUAAUAUUUUGGGAGGGAGAAGAUGGAUAUCAAAUCAAUAUUAAACAACGAAAUCCAUUAACUGGUGUGUAG